AUGUGCUCCAGGCAAAGCUGCCAUGGGAUGUCCGGCGGGUGCCACAGCUGCUGCUGCUGCUGCCACGGGGGCAGCUCCUCCAGCUACCAGUCCCAGGGCUCCUCCUGCUGCGGGGGCUCAGGAGGGGGAGGAGGGGGAUCCUGCUGCGGAGGAGGAUCCGGCGGUGGCAGCCAGAAGGUCAUCAUUAGCUCUGGCGGUGGAGGAGGAGGGGGAGGCUCCUCUGGAUGCUGCGGUGGGGGAUCCAGUGGGGGAUCCUCGGGAGGGAAGAUCAUUGGAGGUGGAGGUGGAGGAGGAUCCUCCGGAUGCUGCGGUGGGGGAUCCAGUGGUGGAUCCUCGGGAGGGAAGAUCAUUGGAGGUGGAGGUGGAGGAGGAUCCUCCGGAUGCUGCGGUGGGGGAUCCAGUGGUGGAUCCUCAGGAGGGAAGAUCAUUGGAGGUGGAGGUGGAGGAGGAUCCUCCGGAUGCUGCGGGGGAGGAUCCGGUGGUGGAUCCUCAGGAGGGAAGAUCAUCGGAGGCGGAGGCGGUGGAGGGUCCUCUGGAUGCUGUGGGGGAGGAUCAGGUGGUGGAUCCUCAGGAGGGAAGAUCAUCAUUGGAGGCGGUGGAGGGUCCUCUGGGUGCUGCGGGGGAGGAUCCAGUGGUGGAUCCUCAGGAGGGAAGAUCAUUGGAGGUGGAGGUGGAGGAGGGUCCUCUGGAUGCUGUGGGGGAGGAUCCAGUGGUGGAUCCUCAGGAGGGAAGAUCAUCGGAGGAGGAGGCGGUGGAGGAUCCUCUGGAUGCUGCGGGGGAGGAUCUGGUGGUGGAUCCUCAGGAGGGAAGAUCAUCAUUGGAGGUGGAGGUGGUGGAGGAUCCUCUGGAUGCUGCGGGGGAGGAUCUGGUGGUGGCUACGGGAUAGGAGGAGGAUACGGGGGGGGCAGUGGGGGAUCAGGCCAGAAGAUCAUUAUCAGCUCUGGGGGUGGAGGAGGAGGAGGAGGAGGAGGCUCCUCUGGAUGCUGCGGUGGGGGAUCCAGUGGUGGAUCCUCAGGAGGGAAGAUCAUCAUUGGAGGCGGAGGUGGUGGAGGAUCCUCUGGAUGCUGCGGGGGAGGAUCUGGGAGCUCCUCGGGCCAGACCAUCAUCAUCAGCUCUGGAGGUGGUGGCGGAGGCUCCUCCCAGUCCUCCCAGCAGAAGUGCCCCAUCGUCAUCCCCAGCAUAUCCCACCAGUCCAAGCAGAGCUGCUGCUUCCCUUCCGGCCAGAAGUGA